CUCAUCCCUCCAGCGCUCCCGGCCGCCCCGCCGCACCCAUGGAGGCCGGCGCAGGUGAUGGAGGCGGGGGAGGGCGCGGGGUGCGGGGUGGGGCGGGGGGCACCGGGCACCGCACCGGGCACCGCACCGGGCCCCGCCGCCGCUCACCGUCCGCUCUCUCCCUUCCCCGGCAGGUCGCUGAGCCCCCCACCCCGGCGCUGCCGCCCCCGACAUCGGCGGGGCCCCGCGCAGUUCCCUGUGCCCAGGAGCCGUGGCACUGUGGCCAUGUCCGUGCCGGGGAGCAGACGCGCGUCCACAGGAUCACGAAGGUGAAUAUGCUUCAGCCUCUGGCCUCGGGACUGGACAGCAGCGCCUGCAGCCGGGAUGAGACGAUCCCCACGAUCCCCACACCUCCACCACCAGCUGCCACUUCGCAGCACGAACCCCCAGCCCAGCUUUCGGGGGUUUGCAUGGCACUGCCCGCUGCACAGCACUUCCCUGUCCGUGCAUGCAGCUCCCCGAGUGCUGCACGCCCUGUCCCUCUGUCCGUCUGUGCCACAGCCAGGACCGACCCCUCCGUCCGUCCAGGCGAAGGCAGGCAGUGGUGGAGAGCACUGGGUUGGGGCAAUGAAACUGGGAGUCGCGGGGUUUAUGGACGGAGUGGCUUUGCCUCCUUCUUUAAGUCUUCAGCGCCCUCAGCCACUCGGCCUGAGACACAGCCUCUUCUCCCUGCCUCCAGGCGCCCCUCGCCCCCCGGGAGGGACACCUACGGCACCUCCUCGCUGAGCAGCAGCAGCAAUUCUGGCUCCUGCAAGGGCAGCGACAGCAGCCCCACCCCAAGGCGCUCGUCCAAGUACAACCUCUGCAGUGACAACCAUGGGAUAAAGCCACCGACGCCGGAGCAGUACCUGACUCCCCUGCAGCAGAAGGAGGUCUGCAUCCGGCACCUGAAGGCUCGCCUGAAGGACACACAGGAGCGCCUGCAGGACAGGGAUGCUGAGAUCGAGGACCUGAAGACGCAGCUGUCACGGAUGCAGGAGGAUUGGAUCGAGGAGGAGUGCCACCGCGUGGAGGCCCAGCUGGCGCUGAAAGAGGCUCGCAAGGAGAUCAAGCAGCUGAAGCAGGUCAUCGACACAGUGAAGAACAACUUACUGGAGAAGGACAAAGGCCUCCAGAAGUAUUUUGUGGACAUUAACAUCCAGAACAAGAAGCUGGAGACGCUGCUGCACAGCAUGGAGGUGGCACAGAACGGGGCGCUGAAGGAGGAGGGCGCCGGCGAGUCGGCCGGGGGGUCCCCGGCGCGGUCCCUCACCCGCAGCUCCACCUACACCAAGCUGAGCGACCAGGGAGCCGGGGACCGCAACGUGGGGGGCUCGCAGACCAUCUCGCUGGACGAGGGUGCCGACAGCGGCUUCGUGGGGAUGGAGGAGGCUCCGGGCCACACGGACCCGCUGGAGGUGGGGGGUGAGCCCGGCACCCGCCUGCCCCCCAGCAACACCUACGAGAAGGUGCUGGGACUGCGGAGCAGCGCGGAGGCAGGGGUGCAGGCCAGCUGCAUGCAGGAGCGGGCCAUCCAGACGGACUUCGUGCCCUGCCAGCCCGACCUGGACACCAUCCUAGAGAAGGUGAUGAAGUCCCAGGCUUGCAGCUUGGGCAGCCCCACCUCCGCCUGGGUCUCUGAAAUGGAAGACACGAUGCCCGUCCCCGAGCUCGCCAAUCCCACCGGGACCACGGACCUGACGGUGGCCGAGCCCGACGCCGCGGCUGCCAGUGCCGAGGGGGGUGUCCCCUGCAACCCGGCGGUGCGGCAGCCCCCCAGCGCCAGCCCCUCGGUGGCCAUCGCCUGCGUGGCGGAGGAGGAGCUGAUGGAGGUGACCGGCUGCGAGACCAACCCUUCCAAGAGCUACUGGAGCCGCCACUUCAUCGUGGAUCUGCUGGCGGUGGUGGUGCCGGCGGUGCCCACGGUGGCCUGGCUGUGCCGCUCGCAGCGGCGGCAGGGCCAGCCCAUCUACAACAUCAGCUCGCUGCUGCGGGGCUGCUGCACCGUCGCCCUGCACUCCAUCCGCAGGAUGGGCUGUCGCCCCGUCGCCAGCCCCGGCCCAGGAGGCACUGCCCAGCCCUGACCCCUCCGACGCCCUCCACCCGCCCCCACGGACCCGACUGCUGAUUGUAAAGCCCCGGCGUGGCUCCGGCGGGUGGGAAGGGGCCGAGGGGUCUGUGGGUGCAUCGAGGUGUGCUGCCCGCCCCAGCUCCUCGAGGAGGGAAAGAACUGUUGUUGGAAGAGGGGUGUUGGCACCCAGCGUCACCCCCCGCCGAUGGACACCCGUGCCUGUGCCUCUGGCUGCGGGGGGCUGUGGGGCUGCACCCGCCGGGGGGGCUGUCCCGCCAUCGCAAUUGCUUUUUGUUUGUCGCGGGGUUAUCCCAGCCGUGCCACGGGCGGGUGAUGGCGAGGAGCCGCUGGCAGCGUGGAGCGCGGGGGAUGCAGCGGUUCCUUGCUGCAGGUGCAGUGUCUGUCUGUGGGCAGGGGGAUGGGGGGUUCCUGUCCAGACACAGGGAUCAGCUCCGGAGCGGUUCGGGCCAGCCCCCCAUUCCCUAGGAGAUGCCUCCCCACACUGGGAUGGAACUGGGCUGCAGCUCACGCACGGAGCCCCCCGAGGAAGCCGUGGGCUCUCCCUCCUUUUGCUUUGCACUAUAUUCACUUUUUUUUGGGUACAGACUGAAGCCCGGCUGUUGGGACUCUGGCUGCCGGGAAGCGGGACCGGGGGCUCCUGCGGUUCUGUCAGCCGUGCUGCCGGUGAUCCCACCACGUGCUGGAGCUCGGAUGCCUUUGCUGGGGUGGGGCAGUGCCGUGCAGGCAGAGCCAAGCCCUUUGCCGCCCCGGCCCACCCAAACCCCCGCUUUGCUGGCGGCCUCCGGAAAAAUGCCUUUUUUUUUUGUUGUUGUUGAAACACAAAGACAGCAAGGAUUGCUCAGCGGGGCUGUUGGGGCGCGGGACUUGGGGCUCCCCCGGGCGCGCCGCACUCCCACCCCACGAAUGUCUGUGGUUUCUUCGUGACUUGAACUAACAGUGUUUCCCCCCAACCCCAACCCAAGCCCACUCCCCCACCCGUGGGUGCCACCGGCCAGGUGCCCUGGCAGCCGGUGUCCAGUGGUCCCCAGAGGGGCAUGUGCCACAUCCUGUGUGCCCCACACUUCCCUGCAUCCCCCUUCUGCCGGCUCUGCCCAUGCUGGGGGGCAGUGGGGACAGGAACUCUGCCACCAGCACAGCACCAGGUGCCGGGGGAAGGAUUUGGGGAGCAGCAGUGUCCAGGCAGCCGGGGCAGAUGUAAGCGGAGCUGGGAUAUUCGCCUCUCGUGCAAUGUGUUUGUGGAUCUGUGUACACGUCUGUUAGGCUAUCCAAAGCUUUGCCAAGAAAUAAAUGUAACGACUAUAUUUGAAAGACAAA